AUGAAAUAUUUAUUAAUAUUUAAUAUUUUACAAAUUUUUAUCUCUGUAUUAUUAGCACAAUCAAUUAUAAAACAAAGUAUAAAUCCGAUAAACGGACAUGAAUAUGUUUUAGUUAAUUAUCAAGUAGUUUGGACAGAGGCAGAUAGAUAUGCAACUUCCCAAAAUUAUUACUUAGCAACGAUAACAACGCAGAAUGAAAAUAAUUUCAUCCUUGAUACGUUUUUUACAACUCUAAAGAAUUACACUUGGAUUGGUGCCAAUUCUGUGAAUUCUCCAGACAAUUCAAUUUUCACUUGGUCUGGAGGGCCUGAGAUAGAUAUGGUUCUUUAUGACCGUACGCAAUCAAAGUGUUUUGGAUUCUGCCGAUUCCUAGUCGAUGAACCAGAUGUAAAUGAUCAAAAUUACAUCUAUAUUUGGAAGGAUUUGAAAUGGGAUGAUCUGGGAGAUAUUAUUAGUCCAGAUUUUAUAUUGAUGGAAAAGGGUGGAGAAAUAGAUCCGCUGGUAAUCCCAACCGACAUGGCGCCCAGCAUAAUGACAAUCACUAGACUGAAUUUGAACUCAUUUGACUCGAGUAAACUCAGGGUGACAUUCACCAACAGUUCAGUUGGUAGACCGGAUUUCAAUUGCACCAUCCUUACAUACACUACAGGCUCAGUUUCCUGCCAAACUCAAUAUACAGUCGGUGAAUAUGAUAUUUUAAUUAGCGAUGGUGUUAAAUCAUUUAGUUCAAAGAGAUAUCAUCCAAAUUUACCUUAUAUAAAAUCAAUGAUACCAGGAUAUGUCAAAGAUUCGAUUAUCACAAUUAAUGGUGGUAAUUUUGGUGAAUCUUUAGAAUAUGUUAAUGAUGUUAGAAUAUCAAUACUUAGAGUUCCUUGUAUUCCCUUAGAGAUGUUGGUUUCGGAUAGAUCUAUUACAUGUAGACUCACAGAGACAAUUAUACCCGAUGUCUCUAAACUAAAUAUUAGUACAAGAUACUCAUUAAUCAAUAUGAUAGUUGGUGGUGUUGAAAUAACAGAUCUUAGUAGAGUUCCAGUUUAUGAUAGCAAUACAAAUAGUUUAACAAUAUUUACUGCAACAAAUUUUGAUUACUUUAAUUCAUAUUAUCUUGCUGAGGGAAGACCUACCUAUCCUUAUGCACCAACCUCAUUGGAAGACAUUUAUUUCAUCAGAAAUCUAAUGUAUAUUAACACUACUUACCCAUCAAACCAUAUAUCAACGAAUUAUUACUUUAAUUCUGGUUCCUAUAAUAAUAGUCUAAUUCUUAGUACAGGUGGUAUAAACACUAAUAUUAUUAAUGGAAUCACAUAUAUCGAUCCUCAAGUAUCAUCAUCUCUUGGUAACAUUCAAACACAGUUGUCUGUAGAUCCAAUGUAUUUUAGUUUUAAUGUUUCUGCUUCACAUUAUGUUUAUGUAAGACUUGAUUUAUCUGAUAUUGGACCUCCCAGUUUCACAAAAUCCAAAGAUUUUGUAAUACCUACUACCGGUGGAUAUAUUAAUGUUGGUGUGAAUAACAUGAUUUUGACAAGUAGUAAUUACACGCUAUUGGCAGAUGGUGUAAAGUUAGAUUGUCGAAUCGUUCCAUAUACAGAGAAUUCAUCGAUUGGUGUUUUCGUUGGCGCAGGAUCAGGUGCAAAGAGAAAUCUAACACUUAUUCUAGAUGGUAAGCCAACCGGAUCAACACCUUUAAAUACAUUGGCAUACUAUCCUCCAGCUAUCACUGGAAUUCGACAAGUCAGAUUCAACCGUACUAGUGGCUCAGUCAAUAUUUUUGGAGAACAAUUUGGAAGUGAUAUCAAUAAGAUCCAAGUGAAUGCUGGUGGAUCGCAAUCAACUCUAAAUACGUGGCUUAUACCCCAAGAAUCAAUGAUAGCAUAUUUUAAUUAUGAUUCGUUGUAUUUGAGGAUUUCAAUCAAUGUUGAUGGACAACUUUCAAGUGCUAGAGGGUUUACACCAAAAUUAAUAAAUUUAUUGAAUGCUACAUCAAUCGAAAAAGAUAUUGGAGGAAUUGUUACUAUUAAAGGAGAUGGAUUUGCAAAUCCAGUAAAUGUUACGAUUGGAGGUGUGAAUUGCACAAGUUUAGAUUUAAUAGACAGUCAAACAAUAACAUGUUUCUUUGAUGGAAGUGCUCCAUCUCCACAAUUAAAAGCAGGUUUACCAGUUAAAGUUGAUUGUGGAUUUGCUUAUGAUACAGAAUCAAUAUUCUUUUAUAUUGAUAAUUCGGCAUGUGGAACAAAACCAUAUUGUUCUGGAAAUGGAGUUUGUAUCAAUGGCAAUUGUAAUUGUACUUCUGGAUAUGGUGGUGCAAUCUGUGAUAAAACGGUUACAAUUGACAACACAACAAAACCUGAAAUUGGAAACAAUACUGGAUCGAUCGGACAAUUCUCUGUAUUCUUUACACAUAUCAGAGAGAUUGAUGAGAUUGGUAGUGAUGUUGCAAUCUAUCCAAUCACACUUGUUCAAUGGAAUACAACCGUCAAUACAACAACCGUUACAACUGCGAUUGGAUCAAUCAACAAUCUCACCGAUUUCACAAUCAAUGUAACAUCCAUUAUAUUCUUGGAACAAACAACUCUUUGGUUUGCAGGUCAGCCACUUACAAUGGAAAAGAAUAGUUUUAAAUAUCAAAUCGAACUUUCCAACUAUCAAUUCCAGAAUCAAUUGAAUUCACUUCAAUUGAUCUAUGAAAUUCAAUCACCAAAAGAACAGAGUUGCUCAGAAUCAUCAAAUAGCUAUAAUGAUGCUACAGACAUUGCAUGGAUUGAAAUUCAACUUGGAAACAAAGUAUUCUUGACCAAAUUUUCCAAUCGAAUGUAUAUUGAUAACCGUACAGUCGAGAGUAAUACAAUUCUACUUUCAACAUCAGACAAAGCUUUCUUAGAUCCAAGUUUUGCUGUUUUAGUUGAUAACUCUGCGAAAGAAGUUGUAGAAGAAUCUUUGGAUCAAGAGUAUUAUGUUAGUACAGACAAAAAACCAUCAUCAAGUGGAAUGAUAACCGAUUUACUAGUUAACAUCGGCAGUGGUGGAUAG